UGGAGAAUCAAAGAAGAUGGUCAAAAUUUGCUGCAUUGGAGCCGGUUAUGUCGGAGGGCCCACAAUGGCUGUGAUUGCUCUCAAGUGCCCGUCAAUUGAAGUUGCUGUGGUUGACAUCUCUCAACCAAGAAUCAGUGCUUGGAAUAGUGACCAUCUCCCAAUUUAUGAACCAGGUCUCGAUGAUGUCGUGAAGCAGUGCAGAGGGAAAAACCUCUUCUUUAGUAAUGACGUGGAGAAACAUGUUGCUGAGGCUGAUAUUGUCUUUGUCUCAGUUAACACCCCAACCAAGAGUCAAGGUCUUGGAGCUGGAAAAGCUGCCGAUCUCACCUACUGGGAAAGUGCUGCUCGUAUGAUUGCUGAUGUGUCAAAGUCAGCAAAGAUUGUGGUUGAGAAAUCAACUGUUCCUGUCAAAACUGCUGAGGCCAUAGAAAAGAUUUUGACUCAUAACAGUAAAGGCAUCAACUUCCAGAUCCUUUCCAACCCCGAAUUUCUUGCCGAGGGAACUGCAAUACAAGACCUUUUUAAUCCUGACCGAGUCCUCAUUGGAGGUCGAGAGACCCCAGAAGGGCUUAAGGCUGUUCAAACACUGAAAGAAGUUUAUGCACAUUGGGUCCCUGAAGAACGGAUUAUUUGUUCAAAUCUGUGGUCUGCAGAGCUGUCCAAGCUUGCAGCUAAUGCUUUCCUGGCACAGAGAAUUUCUUCAGUUAAUGCCAUGUCAGCUCUGUGUGAGGCGACUGGUGCAGACGUCAGCCAAGUAUCACAUGCUGUUGGAAAGGAUACAAGAAUUGGUCCCAAGUUUCUCAAUGCCAGUGUGGGAUUUGGUGGUUCUUGCUUCCAGAAAGAUAUUUUGAACCUGGUGUAUAUUUGUGAGUGCAAUGGUCUUCCUGAGGUGGCCAAUUACUGGAAGCACGUAAUUAAGAUCAAUGACUAUCAGAAGGCCCGAUUUGUCAACAGGAUAGUUUCGUCAAUGUUCAAUACUGUUUCAGGAAAGAAGAUUGGAAUCUUAGGUUUUGCUUUUAAAAAAGAUACAGGAGAUACUCGGGAGACGCCUGCAAUUGAUGUCUGUAGAGGCCUAUUGGUGGACAAGGCUCAACUGAGCAUUUAUGAUCCUCAAGUAUCUCAAGAUCAGAUCCAGAAGGAUCUUACCAUGGUGAAGUUUGAUUGGGAGCAUCCUGUCCUGCUUAAACCUGCCAGUCCUACUGCUCUCAAACAAGUUUCCUUUGCUUGGGAUGCAUAUGAAGCAUCCAAAGAUGCUCAUGGAAUUUGCUUUCUAACUGAGUGGGAUGAGUUCAAAACACUUGAUUUCCAGAAGAUAUACGAUAACAUGCAGAAACCUGCCUUUGUAUUUGAUGGUCGGAAUGUUGUAAAUCCAGAUAAGUUGCGACAAAUUGGAUUCAUUGUUUACUCCAUUGGCAAGCCAUUGGACCAAUGGCUAAAAGAUAUGCCUGCUGUACUGUAAAAGGUAUCUCUUUUGGAGUAUCCUUUUAUUGGUGUUACUUCCUGCAGCGAUUUACGAGGAUAUGAUGGCAUAGUAGUAUGUUGGUAGCGGUAGUGUGUUUAGUCUUUUUUAUAUAUAAAAUAAAAAAUAGAGGCCUGAAGCUUCUUUUCUGUUGCUCCUUUUUGGCGAAUAACUAUUUAGACUUCAUAGGGUGCCUUUCUUGUAAUGAGAUCUUUUAACAUUUGCCGAGAUUGGAAAUUUAGAAGUUUCUCUUCUUCUCAUUAGCUACCAAGCAUGAAUCAAACGCUACCCAGGUUAAUGACAUUUUUCUAGUA